CCUCACAGUCUCAUUGUGUUUUUGACAUUUGUGUAACUCAUCGUAGCACACACCAAGACUUUUGGUGAUCUGGUUCACCUUUCCCCUCUCAUCUCAUCUCCCCUUCUCCUGCCCUCUUGUUGACCUAGACAUCGACCUCUAUGCGCCACAGGCAAGUCUCUCCUCACUUUUCGCUGAUGCCUCCGAUAGCCUUCGCUGAUGUCUUCAUUACUCUUGGAUUAUACCUGCAGUCGGGGCGAGAAAUAAUACUCGUACAGAUGAGACGCAACUCACCUUUCACUGAUGUCUUCCUCACUUUCCGCUCAUGUUUCCGUGGCUUUUCGCUGAUGUCUACUUGUAUUGCGGAACACAACUUCUUGACAACGGCUUAUAUCUACUCAUAAAUCCUCUCGCUCUAAACCGCCGGUGCUAUUGAGGAUGCAUGUGUAGAGAAAAGGGCGUCGCUGGCCACAAUUUCAUGGAUCCGCGGGCUCUUAGGUCCCACCACAGAUCUGUCUUCUUCUUUUCGAGUUAGGUAUUCGUGGGUACAUAAACACACUAAUACAACACACUAAAGUAAAUUCUCAGCACAGUACAACAAUCGCGCCAUAUCGUUUUGGG